UCCUGCUCUGACGAUGCCCGUUACAUCACGGACAAAAUCUCAGCAGGGAUUCAUCGGGGUCGCAGGGAGUGCAACGAGGAUCUAUUCGCACAUAUCUAUAACCCCAACUCCAAGGCAACUCCUCCACAGCCUCCGGUCGAGGCAAAUUACGAAUCACCUCCACUCGCCUCUUUAAACGAAAUGAAAGGUACUCCAACUUCAAUCCAUUAA